CGCUCCCCCAGCACUGAGCGUGACAGACCAAGAGCAGAGCGCCGGUCCCUUCCUGGUGGCGUGAUUAGAUUGGGGCCGAAGUCUCCAGCUGGCAGGCCUGUCUGUGACUGGAGGCGGCCAAGUCUCCUUUCAGAACAUCUGGAUUCAGAGUGGGAGCAGGAAGAAGGCUUUCCUGCUGCCUACACAGGAGUCUGCUGGCCCUCAACCGUGUGCCUGCAGCUCCAUCCCCACGCCUCCAUCUCACUUCCACGGCCCUCUAUCCCUCCCAAACUCCACAUGCUGCCUCCUCAGGGCCAUCCUGUCUCUAUGACAACUGUUAGAGUCCUGGCAUACACUGAGGGUUUACAUGGGAAGUGGAUGUUCAGUGAGAUCCGGGCAGUCUUUUCCAGACGCUACCUCCUGCAGAACACUGCCAUGGAGGUCUUUAUGGCCAACAGAACAUCCGUCAUGUUCAACUUUCCUGACCACGCCACGGUGAAGAAAGUGGUCCACAGUCUCCCUCGGGUUGGAGUGGGCACCAGCUAUGGACUUCCUCAAGCCAGGCGCACCUCCCUUGCAACCCCCCGGCAGCUUCUCAAGUCCUCUAAUAUGACCCAGCGCUGGCAGAGAAGAGAAAUCUCCAACUUUGAGUAUCUUAUGUUUCUCAACACCAUAGCAGGGAGGACAUACAAUGACCUGAACCAGUACCCAGUCUUUCCAUGGGUUCUCACCAACUAUGAUACUGAGGAUCUGGACUUGACCCUGCCCGGAAACUUCAGAGAUCUCUCAAAGCCUAUUGGUGCGUUGAAUCCAAAACGUGCAGCAUUUUACGCCGAAAGCUACGAAACAUGGGAGGAUGACCAGACUCCACCAUGUCAUUACAGCUCCCACUACUCCACCGCUGCCAACACACUGCACUGGCUUGUCAGAAUAGAGCCCUUCACCACAUUUUUCCUCAGUACCAAUAAAAACAAAUUUGACCAUCCUGAUCGCACAUUUUCUGCCAUCGCCCACUCCUGGAGGAACUGUCAAAGGGAUACUUCUGAUGUGAAGGAACUGAUUCCUGAGUUUUACUAUCUCCCGGAGAUGUUUGUCAACAGCAACGGCUACCAUCUGGGAAUGAGGGAGGACGGGGUCAUGAUUUGUGAUGUGGACUUGCCGGCCUGGGCAAAGAAACCAGAGGAUCUUGUUAGGAUAAACAGGAUGGCCCUGGAAAGCGAAUUUGUGUCGUGUCAGCUGCAUCAGUGGAUUGACCUUAUUUUCGGCUACAAGCAGCGAGGCCCAGAGGCGGUGCGUGCCCUCAACGUCUUUCACUACCUGACGUACGAGGGCUCCGUCAACCUGGACUCUAUCUCUGACCCUUUGCUCAGAGAGGCCACAGAGGCGCAGAUCCAGAGCUUUGGACAGACGCCAUCUCAGUUGCUUAUUGAGCCACAUCCUCCACGCAGCUCCGCCAUGCACCUGUGUUUACUUCCACAGAGUCCUCUCAUGUUCAAGGACCAGAUGCAACAGGAUGUCAUCAUGGUUUUGAAGUUUCCGUCCAAUUCGCCUGUAACCCACGUGGCUGCUAACACUCUGCCCCAUCUCACUGUUCCUGCUGUGGUCACCGUCACCUGCAGCCGUCUCUUUGCCGUCAAUCGAUGGCACAACACUGUUGGUCUACGAGGCGCUCCAGGUUACUCUCUGGAACAGGCUCAUCACCUACCAAUCGAAAUGGAUUCCCUGAUUGCCAACAAUGCUGGAAGCAACAAGCGUCAGAUCACAGACCUAGUGGACCAAAGCAUCCAAAUCACCACACACUGUUUUGUGGUGACAGCUGACAACCGCUACAUCCUGGUGUGCGGCUUCUGGGACAAGAGCUUCCGUGUGUACUCCUCUGAGACAGGCAGGCUGACCCAGAUAGUUUUUGGCCACUGGGAUGUGGUCACUUGUCUGGCCAGAUCAGAGUCUUACAUUGGUGGGGACUGCUACAUUGUCUCUGGAUCCCGGGAUGCUACCUUGCUGCUGUGGUACUGGAGUGGGCGGCACCAUAUUAUUGGCGACAACCCAAAUAACGGUGACUAUCCAGCACCACGAGCAGUUCUGACCGGUCAUGACCAGGAGGUUGUUUGUGUGUCGGUCUGUGCAGAGCUGGGGCUCGUCAUUAGCGGAGCCAAAGAGGGUCCAUGUCUGGUUCACACCAUUACAGGAGACCUUUUACAGGCUCUGGAAGGACCAGACAACUAUCAGUUCCCACGGCUCAUCACAGUGUCCAGCGAGGGCCACUGCAUCAUCUAUUAUGAGAGAGGCUGUUUCUGCAACUUCAGCAUUAAUGGAAAACUGCUGGCACAGAUGGAAGUCAAUGAUUCCAUCAAGGCCAUUCUGUUGAGCAGUGACGGACACAACCUGGUGACCGGCGGUGAUAAUGGAGUGGUGGAGGUGUGGCAGGCCUGUGACUUCAAACGGCUCUACAUCUAUCCAGGCUGUGAUGCAGGCAUCCGAGCCAUGGACCUAUCACAUGAUCAAAGAACUCUGAUUACAGGCAUGGCUUCUGGCAGCAUCGUGGCAUUUAACAUCGAUUUCAACCGAUGGCACUUUGAGCAUCAAAACAGGUACUGA